AUGCAUCGUCUCCUCUUGCUUCUCCUCCUCGGUGCCGGCUUCUGCGGUGUGGCAACGGCGUUCAGUAACGGCACGAGUCCCGCUUCGCUCCAGGCACCGCUAUAUGGCAUAUUCGAUGAUCGACCCGACGGAUGUCCACCUUGUCCGCGCUGCUUCGACUGCCACUACGAAGAAUUUAAGUGUUUACAAUACGGCAACUGCAGCAGCACUAAUGGAAAGUGUGCUUGUCCACCUGGCUUCGGCGGAGAGGACUGCGCCGAGCCACUAUGCGGUGCGCUUGCCGAUGGCAAGAACAGAUCACCUCGAGAGGGCGACAAAUGCGAUUGCAAGGACGGCUGGGAGGGUGUCAAUUGUAAUGUCUGCACCGAGAACCGCGCCUGUGACGCGCUGAUGCCGCUGGGCACUGGCGGCGUCUGCUACAAGCAGGGUGUCGUGGUUCAUGAGAACUUCCAGAUGUGCAACGUCACCAACAAGGCCAUCCUCGACCAGAUCGAUCCGCGGACUGCAGAGGUUACCUUUUCCUGCAACGAUGACUCCCGCACCUGCAACUUUCAAUUCUGGGUCAAUGAGAAGGAGUCGUUCUACUGCGCACUGGACACUUGUCAGUGGUCGGUACAGGACACGGAUCUCAAGAAUGUUACAAAAUAUGAGUGCGAGAACAUCAAGUGCUCAUGCGUCCCAGGUCGCUUCCUUUGUGGUGAAGAUGGCUCUGUUGAUAUUGGCGAGUUCCUUGAAGAAAGCAUUGCGGGACCGGCAUCUCUCAUUCAGCAGCAUACAUAUGCCGGCAGCUCCAGGGACGGCAGCAGAUUCGAAGAGCCCGCUAUGAACGACCUCAUCUCGCAGAUCUUUGGUGAUGAGUACAUCGCACUUGCCUGUAGAUCGGGUGAGUGUCUGUACGAGAGUGAGGUCCCUGGAUACACUCGACCGAUCAAGGAGAUCAACAGCCCAUUGAUUGCCAGCAUCAUCGCCGGUUGUGCCCUGUUGGUCAUCGCUAUUGUGCUUAUUUCGUGGUAUUUCGCCCGAAGAGCUGCCUACAAGAAAUGGGGUGCUAUCCGACUCGGCGAAGGCAUGGAAGACGAUGCGGCACGCCUGAUGGUCGACCACAAGCCUAUGGCGCUGCAGUUUGAAGAUGUCUCCUACAACUUGAAGGGAAAGCAAAUCCUGACAGGUAUCUCUGGAAUUGCUCAGCCUGGGCAGAUCAUGGCCAUCAUGGGCGCGUCGGGUGCUGGAAAAUCCACAUUUCUGGAUAUUCUGGCACGCAAGAACAAGCGUGGACAUGUCAUGGGCUCGAUGUUCAUCAACGGAGAGAAGGCUCUUGACAAUGAGUAUCGCAACGUCGUCGGCUACGUUGAUCAAGAAGAUACGCUGAUGCCCACGCUCACUGUACAUGAAACCAUUCUGACCAGUGCUCUGCUGAGAUUGCCUGCAGACAUGGGCUUGCUCGUCAAGCAGCAGCGUGCAAUAGAGGUCAUGCAGCAGCUUGGCAUCUAUCACAUCAAGGAUCAGAUGAUUGGCUCCGAAGAAGGCAAAGGGCGUGGUAUCUCUGGCGGCGAGAAGAGGCGCGUUGGCAUUGCUUGCGAGCUUGUCACAUCGCCCUCGAUUCUCUUCUUGGACGAACCCACCAGCGGGCUCGAUGCUUACAAUGCCUUCAACGUUGUGGAGUGCCUCGUCACUUUGGCGAAGACCUACAACCGGACGGUCAUCUUCACUAUACACCAACCGAGGUCGAACAUUGUCGCACUGUUCGACCAAUUGAUUCUGCUGGCCAAGGGUCGAACUGUUUAUUCGGGGCCGUUCUCAACGUGCCAGGCCUACUUCGAUUCGAUAGCUACACAUGUCCGCCAGGCUUCAACAUCGCAGACUAUCUCGUAG